AUAUAAAUGGCCAGAAUGGACAGUGGAGUAUCAUUCGUUUUACGGCAAACGAUCAACAUGAAAGUGCUCGUAGUUCUUGCUCUGGCUAUUGCCUCUGUCUCCGCUGGCGUUAUGCCACAGGGUGCCCCAGUGCAUCCUCGUGACUUGCCCGCUGUCGCCCAGAUUGAGGGUCGCAUCACCAACGGAUUAACUGCCUCCGAGGGUCAGUUCCCCUACCAGGUGGCUCUUAGCUUCAGCAGCUCCGGCGGUAGCUGGUUCUGCGGUGGUUCCAUCAUUGGCAACUCCUGGGUGCUCACUGCUGCCCAUUGUACCUCUGGUGCUUCCUCUGUGAACAUUGCCUAUGGAUCUACUGCUCGCACCAGCCCCAAGCUUAGCCUGACUGUCAGCAGCAGCAGCUUCAAGCAGCACACCAGCUACAACUCCAACACCUUGGCCAACGAUAUUUCCCUGAUCCAGACAUCCGCUGUCUCCUUCACCACCUACAUCAACAAGGUUGUAUUGCCCUCUAUUGCCAACACGUACUCCACCUACGCCGGCCAGAAGGCCAUCGCCUCCGGUUGGGGCAAGACCUCUGACUCAGCUUCCGGUGUGACCAGCACUCUGCAGUACCAGACCUUCGAUGUCGUUUCUGUUGCCACCUGCCAAGCCACCUACGGCAGCACUGUUGCCUCCAGCAAGGUUAUCUGCAUUGCCACCCCCAACAAGCAAUCUACCUGCUCUGGUGACUCUGGCGGCCCAUUGGUUCUGUCCAGCAACGGUCUGCUGAUUGGUGUUACCUCUUUCGUGUCCAGCUCUGGCUGCCAGUCGGGUCUGCCAUCCGGCUUCACCCGUGUGACCAGCUACUUGGACUGGAUCAAGACCAACUCCGGCAUUUCCUACUAAAGCACUUUCCACGAAAA